AUGCCAGAGUGGGCACUCAAUUCAUGUGCUGGCAUAGACAGUGAAGAUGAAGAGGAAAUACUGAUUUUGCAUUUGGUAGCCUGUCCAGUGACGCCUCUUGGCACUGUUGCAGCGACCUGUACACGCGUCCGCUGUGGCGACGACGGCGGCGCUGCAGCCGAGCGGCGUGACAAACGCGUCCGGACAGCGUUCACGAGCGCGCAGCUGGUGCAGCUGGAGCGCGAGUUCGCAGCCAACAUGUACCUCUCCAGGCUGCGCCGCAUCGAGAUCGCCACCGGCCUGCGACUCAGCGAGAAGCAGGUCAAGAUCUGGUUCCAGAACCGCCGCGUCAAGGCCAAGAAGGAGGUGGCGGGCUCCGGCGCCGUCGAGCGCUGCUGCUGCGGCGCCAGCAAGCUGCACCGCCAGCACCACUACCGCGCCUGA